GGAAGAGCUUGGAAUGAUCCCCUUUCUUCUUUGACUAUCUUCUUGAAACUUACUGAUCACCACGUUGAAAAGGGAUUUUCCUCAGCUGCUGCAAAUAUAACCAUAAUGACUGAUAUCGAGUAUCUCAAAAGUCUAGAGGCUGUCCGCGAAAGAGCAGAGUUGGUUCUUGCUGCCGCCGAGAAAGGAGAGCUCUCUCACUUUUCCUACCAUCCCGACGAAUUACCAGCAGUUGCAUCUGAGGUUGUGGGGAUUAUCAGUCGAGACUUUGGCCCCGAUAACUUUGACAAAAUCCCUCCACACGGUCGAUGGCAGCACUUUGACAUCGGUGGCAUCCCUCGGGUAGACAACCUGAUCAAGCAGUGGCAGGGAAGUGGAUGUGACAAGGUCGAAAUUGCUCGCCGGCUUAUUGAUCUGUUCUUCGUCUCCGUUCUCCUGGACGCCGGAGCAGGGGAUGUUUGGAAGUUCACCGAGCCAGGAACCAACAACUCCUAUGGGAGAAGUGAAGGUAUAGCGGUGGCAGCUUUGUAUAUGUAUAAAUCUGGUGCCCUUUCAAGCCAGAAAUCUGAAGUGCCAGAACACGUUGAUGGCAAAGGACUGGCUGAUCUCAACGUGGAGACCUUCAGAAAGCACUUCCAAAUUACCCCAGAAAACGAGAUUGUUAGUGAUGCAUCGCGUGUCAGCCUGCUCAACAGUGUUGGCAAGUCAUUGCUGAAUCAAACGAGAAUUUUCGGCAACGAUGGCCGACCUGGACAGCUUGUCGACUACCUCAUGAAAGAGGGGGGAGGGUCACAACGUUUGAACUUCAGAACUCUCUGGUUCGUCCUACAGGAAACCCUCCUGCCCAGUUGGCCCAAGAACCGGACUCACAUUGCUGGCGUUCCCAUUGGAGAUUCAUGGCCCCUCGAAACCCUGGCUAGGGUCAAUGCGGGCAAGCAAAGUGACAACAACACGCUUAACAUCCAGCCCUUCCACAAGCUCACACAAUGGCUUGCCUACUCCCUGUCCGUGCCUUUCAUGCGGAUCCUGGACUAUCAAUGGGACAACAUCGAGCUUGGAACUGGAUUGCCAGAGUACCGAAAUGGAGGUCUGUUUGUGGACUUGGGCGUUCUAAAACUCAAAGAGGAUACGUUGAAAGAGGGCCAACGGCGUUCAGGUCAAGAUAUUCCGAGCUUCGAAGCAACCAGUGACGUUAUUGUGGAAUGGCGAGCAAUGACAGUGGCUUUGCUAGACAAACUUCAUGGCCCUGUUAGUGAAUUCUAUGCCGUGCAGGACUUCAAUCUGAGUAUGGCCCAAAUGCUGGAAGCUGGCACUUGGAAAUUGGGGAGAGAGCUCGCAGCAAAGUUUCGGCCUAACACCAAGUCGAGUCCCAUUCUCAUCGAGGGAGAUGGGACUUUGUUUUAGUAUAGCAUUAUACACCUUUGGACUAGCCUAGUAGUGCAUAAUAGGAAAUGCAUCGGCCUGCACAAGAAGAUCUCUUGGG